CGACUUACUUGUUUUACAGUUAACUUAUUUCUUUCCGUUUUAGAACUUUGACUGACUCUACAUUCGCAGAUGAUUUCCACAAAUAUACUCUGGAAUGGAGGCCCAGCGGCUUAAAAUUUUACAUUGACGAUGAAAAUAUUUUGAACGUUGCUCCUAAUGAAGGUCAAUCAAUGUACGAGUGGGGAGACUUCGCAACGAAAACCAAUAACGGUAACAAUCCUUGGAUUGCGGGUUCAAAACUUGCUCCUUUCGACCAGAAGUACUAUUUGUUAAUGAACGUCGCUGUUGGUGGAACGGCAGGAUACUUCCCAGAUGAUGCCAAUAAUUAUAAUGGACAGGAGAGAAAAAAUAAACCUUGGGCUAACACCUCACCCACCGCUGCAAAGGAUUUCUGGGACAACAAAGAAGACUGGUAUCCAACAUGGCAAGGAGAAAAAGCGGCAAUGAAAAUAAAAUAUGUCAAAGUUACUGAAUAUAACGGAGCUCUAUGAAUGAUCCAAUUUCUGAUUUCUGCAGAAUAACCAAAUUAGGAUUAAAAGAAUUAUCAGUGCAGAAAUUUCAAUUCUGACUUUAAUUUG